CAAAGCUUAAACUUAUCCUUGCCGCGUCCAUCAGGGGUAGUUGACUGCAGGUUGAAGUCCAACACGGCCGAACCGUGUACAUGGAGCACCAUCCGCUUUGAUCCAUGGCCCCUCCUUCGGGUCUCCAUCAGUCGGCCAUACCCUCCGAUUUCGAGACGCCGUUCCCGCCCCUCGUCCGCUCCUCCACCGUCCCGGCCGGCCUCGAAUCGCACCGCGCCGACCCGUCCCACUUGGCGCCCGAAGACGCAUACGGCUCCUUCUCGCCGCCGCGCCGUCUCGGGCCUUUCGACAGCCGACCGCAUGCCUCGGCCACGGAUACACAACCCCAGCGCCUGAGGCGCAAGGAUCCCAGUCGCAGCCGGAGCCGGAGGCGGAAGCGCUUCCAGAAGCUGCUGUGGGUGAAGCAGUCUUAUCCCGACAACUACACCGACCAAGCCACCUUUCUCGAGAACCUGCAGCGCAACCCCCGAGUCCGGCCCUACGAUUUCUGGCCCUUGGUCGCCGACUCGACUGUCAUCGUGCAGCACGUCUGCUCCGUCAUCAUUUUCAUCGUAUGUUUUGUGGGCAUUUUCCAGGAGCGCGUCAGCCCUGUGUCGGUUGUGGGAUGGGGCAGCUUUGCCACCUUCCUCGGCUGGCUGCUCUGGGACUGGUGGGUGACGCAGGAGACACAAGGCCAACCGGGGGGCGAUGAUGCCAGGGGGCGGAUGAUGCGAGGCGGGCGUGCCUACAGGGAUUACCGGGCACCGCGCCGCCAGGACUCGUCCGGCCUCGAUCAGCCAAUGCUGAACGCCAGUACCGUUAGCAUCUCGAGCAUAUCGAACUUCCCAUCCGCAGCAAGCUCCACCUCGAACCUCCACCAAGAACCGCAACGAUCAGCCCACCCGCCCGGAAGCGCCACCGACGGCAGCGGUCUUCUUGUUCCGACCCACAUCCAUUCCCGGUCCGCGAGCUCCAUCAACUCCAUCACAUCACACGCAAGCGCCGCCGGCGCCAACAGCCCAUCCAGCACAGCCGUCACAGCAUCCCGUUUAGGCGGCGCCACGGACAGACCCGGCAACACCACCGCUAGCACCCAGUCCUCCUCCCCACCCACCGCCCGCAACAGCCGCGCCUACGUCCGCCUCAGCACCAUCAAGUCGGCCAUCCUCAUCUACUUCACCCUCCUCGGCCUAUCCCCGAUCCUCAAGUCCCUCACCCGCUCCACCUCGUCCGACAGCAUUUGGGCCAUGUCCUUCUGGCUGCUCGCCAUCAACAUCUUCUUCUUUGACUACUCGGGCAGCAGCUGGGCCGGCACAGGCACCGGCACCGGCACCCCCGGCGCAGGCAGCGCGACGACGACGACGAUGACGCGUGGUGGCGGUGGCAACAAGCGCAUGCCCGUCUCGGCGCUGUCGACCAACGCGGCGCUGAUGGCGUCGACGGUGCUCGCCAGCCGGCUGCCGUCGACCGGCCAGGUCUUCAGCCUGACGCUGUUCAGCAUCGAGGUGUUUGGCCUGUUCCCCGUCUUCCGGCAGUAUGCCCGGCACAGGAGCUGGCGGUACCACGUCGUGCUGACGGUCCUGCUCGUGCUGGGCGCGGGCGCCGGGGUGGGGAUGAUCAUGGGCGACGAGAGGGGUUGGCCGUGGAAGAAAGGGCUGUUGGGUAUGGUGGUUGGGUGCUUGAUUGCGGCCCUGGCUAUGGGGGGGUGUAGUUGGUGGCUGAUUGGGUUGCAGAAGUACAAGAAUGAGAUUUAUGGGCCAUGGGACCCGGCGAGGCCCAUCAUUAUCAGCCGGCGGCAUUGGGAUGAUGAGUAGGGUCGGUAGGUUUUGGGGUUCAAACUAUGAUGAUAUCCAUGAUUGCACAGGCAUUUUUCUGCUUAAAUGGAGGGCAUGCUAUUCAGAGAGGUCGCUCAGUCAGUGAUCGCUUGGUGCUGCUGGUAGCUUGAUGAAAGGAAUUUCUCUGUUGCCUCAAUCCGUCUCGGAGACGUGACCGGUAAUUGUCUUUCCCUUUCUGAACCUCCAAGCUACGCAACCAGUUGGUUGACUUCGGAACGGUAGGUUCGUUCCCCAUUUGCAGGACAACAUCUCUAUCUCCUCACAAGCAGUAUGAAGAGACCAGCUCGCGUCCACCUUGUCAAGUGUAUGACACCUCGCCGGCUCACUGUCUGCAUCUACUUAGGGAACUCAGCACGCUUGGCUAGGCGAUGUGCUCCACGAGUAGUCGAGCGGAGCACUUGCCCGCGGGUUGCCUGCCAUC